AUGCCGGAAACAUCCGAAGUCAUUCCUUUGAUCGGUAAGUUGAAGGAUUUUCUUAUUUGUCAAAGCGAGCUACUAAAGAAGAUCCGGGAGUACGCUACCUAUCUUUCUUCAGCCAUCUAUCUUAUGGCCAUAAUGGGCAUCUCUGCGCUGUCAGUCAGUUUCUCGGUAUUUGUUUUGAACCUUCGCCAUGGUGCGGAUUAUUCGGACAGACUCAGUGACAAAUCACUUGACCACAGUGACGGGAGCCUUUAUUACAGUUAUAAGAAUAUGCCACUCUCGCAGCGCUGUAUAAUUGACAAAGCACUGACAAAGUCAGUGAGCACAGAGAAGGGAAUUUCCGCCGAAGCGAAGCCGACUGCAGUCAAAGUGCGGCAAGACAUGUCGAAAACUGCAGUGCUUCCGUAG